CAACGCCGAACAGAAGGGCCCGAAAUAUUUAUCAAUCCAACCGCCGAGCCAAGACUUCACUCUCAACAGCCGAUUUUUGAUGGCUCCAUCGAACUGCGGUGAUGUUUGCUUGCCUAUUUCUGCAGAGACCCACCGCAGCAGGGUGGUCCUCGGCGGUGACGGGAAUCUAGCAUAUCCUCCGGCACCCAAUUUCCAGCAGCGGCUUGAACUAUCAUAGCCUUUCAGAAUAGCAUAAUCAUUUCUGUUCAUUCUGGCAAUCCGAACACCAAUGGCGGCAACCGAAAUCCUAACCUGCCCCGUUGCAGUCGACAAGGAGGCCAACCUGGCUCUCUGCCCAGCUCUGUACCCAGGCCAAGCACUCGACACACCCAAGAACCCCCAAAAGAUCGAAGAAGCGGAAAUUAUCGACCACUCCAAGCUCCUCAAAAUUCCGUCUCCAAAGCAUGGCCAUUACUUCGGCCUCCUGGGUCACGCCCCGGAUCUCGACCCUGACCUGCCUGUCAAGUCGUUCUGGAAGCUGAUGGACCAGUAUGGAGAGAUAUUUCAGCUUGACCUCGGGAUGACCUACCCCCGGGUGUUUGUCGGUAGCCGAGAGCUGGUCAACGAGAUGGCAAAUGACGAACGGUUCAGCAAGUUUACUCAUCGACUGCACAAGGAGAUGAGACCGGUGUUUGGGGAUGGUUUGUUUUCUGCCGAGUCAACGGACAAGGCUUGGUGGAAGGCUCAUAGGCUGUUGGUGCCAAUCUUUGGAUCGCUGGGGUUGAGCAAGAUGUUUGAUGACAUGCAAGAUCUUUCGGCGCAGCUUGUGAUGAAGUGGGACAGAUUUGGACCAGAUCACGAAAUCGAAUGCAUCGACGACAUGGCGAGACUGGCAUUCGACACCGUUGGGCUCUGUGCUUUCGGUUACCGGUUCAACGAGUUCUACACUGCGGAUCAUCACCCUUUCAUGACCCAGCUCAAGGAAGCCAUUGUCGAAUCGGGGAGGCGAGCGAAUAGGCCAGAGAUCCUCAAUCAGUUCUACUACAAAGAGGAACAGCACCGUCAGGAGAAUAUCGCCAAGAUGAAGGAGCUGUGCAAGAAGAUCAUCCAAGACCGGAUUGACAACCCAAAGUCAGAGGCAAAUGAUCUGCUCAAUCUGAUGAUUCACGGCGUUGAUAGGGAGACGGGAGAGAAGCUCACGCGUGAGAAUAUCGAGUACCAAAUCCCAACCUUCCUCGGCGCUGGAUACGAGACAACCUCGGCAACCUUGAGCUUUAUCUACUACCUUUUGUGUACGUACCCGGAGACCAUGGCCAAGGCCCAGCAGGAGGUGGACGAGGUUGUCGGUGACACGGUUCUCACAUACGAGAUGCUGCCCAAGUUGAAAUACCUCGAUGCGUGCAUCAAGGAAGCAUUACGUAUCCAGCACCCCAGCAGUUUGCUCACGAGGUUUGCAGUCAAGGAUACAGUCUUGGGAGGAAAGUACUUUGUCAGAAAGGGUCAGAUGGUGUCGGGUGUCUGGAGGCAUUUCCACAGAGACCCCGUCGUCUGGGGUGCUGAUUCAGAUGAGUUCAAACCGGAAAGGAUGCUGGACAGAAAUUUCCAGGCGUUACCACCUAAUUCCUGGAAGCCGUUCGGCGAUGGUCAGCGAGCGUGCAUUGGACGUGGAUUUGCGGAGCAAGAAAUUCUCAUCAAUGUAGCCAUGGUCCUACAAAGAUUUGAUGUUAAAAAGGCAGACCCCAACUACAUUUUGGAGCUCAAAGGUCAAAUGGCUUUGAAAUGUAUUGACUUCAAGAUACGAGCGAAAAGGCGGUCAGGAAAAUCUUCCUUGAGUGGUAUCCCUGGCGGCGGCUCCCAGCCAAAGAAGGCUGCCACCAAGACAAGACAAAACGUUACACCACAAAUCGACAGCAAAACUCCCAAGAAGUCCAUCACCGUCUUGUUUGGCGGCAACAUGGGGACCGCCGAGAGUCUGAUGCAAUCGCUUUCGCGCAUCGCCCCCGACUUUGGGCUUGCGGUUGACGAUGUGAGAACGCUGGACUCAGCCACUGACAGUCUGCCCACGGAUCGGCCCUGUAUCAUCAUCACACCCUCCUACGACGGACGACCUCCGGACAACGCCAAGAAGUUUGUCAAGUGGCUUGAGCAACUUUCCAGCAAUGGCACCAAGCUCUCAGGCGUCAAGUAUGCUGUGUUCGCAUUGGGUAAUUCUGAUUGGGUGAAUACAUUUUACAAGAUUCCCAAGCUCAUUGACGACACGCUUGAGAGCCUCGGUGCCGAGCGCCUCGUCGAAACAGGUUAUGGAAACGUAAAGCAAGACCUUGUUGGACCGUGGGAAACCUGGGAAGAAGAGCUGUGCCUGGCCCUCUCAGGAGUGUCGGCUGACAAAGCCCACAAGGCACAGGCAGGCGUCGAAGUGAGCAUCGAACGCCAUAACCUCAAGACUCUUCCCAGCGUUCUAGGCGGUGAUCAAAUGGGCAUUGGGACCAUUGCCGCCAUCCACCAACUGGCUGAUACCUCGGUGGGACCAGCGAAAUACCACGUCGACGUUCGUCUUCCUCCUGGCUGCCACUACCGAGCGGGAGACUACCUCGUUGUUCAAGGCCGCAACUCCACCGAAUCCGUUCACCGAACCAUGGCCCGUUUCAGUCUCAGCCCAGCAGACACCAUGACAGUUCAAUCCUCCAAGAAGGAUUUCCUACCAUCUCAACCAAUGGCAAUAGAGCACUUUUUAAGACAACGUGUCGAGCUCGCCGCACCCAUCACCAAACGCCAGCUCCUCACGCUCUCCCUCCACGCGGAAGAUUCCUCCCCGGAGAAAGCCCAUCUUCUCAACCUCACCCAGGACCCCGCCUAUGAAGACCUGCUCACAAACCGGCACUCUGUCCUCGAUGUUCUCAGCACCAUCCCUACCUUGGCUCUCCCUUUUGGAGUCUUUAUCGAUCUCCUCCCUCCCCUUGCACCGAGGGUGUACAGCAUUUCGUCUUCUCCCCUCUCCCCGUCCUCGGGAACACUCCAGUCCGGCCUCGUCGCAUCCAUCACGUUUGACCUGUUCCAAUCCCCUGCCUUGAGCGGUCACGGAACAUUCAACGGCGUUGCCUCAUCCUACCUCUCCUCCCGCAAGAUAGGGGAUGAGAUAUCUUGUCUUGUCCGUCCCACAACACUACCGUUUCAGCUCCCAAAAGACAUCUCCAAACCAAUCGUCAUGGUUGCGGCAGGCAGCGGGAUUGCCCCCAUGAGGGGUGUUCUCCAAGAGCGAGCCGAGCUGAUGAAGCAAGGUGGGGAGUUCGGCGAGGCGGUCCUCUUCUUUGGGUGUAGGGAUGAGGAAAAGGAUUAUUUGUACAAGGAGGAGCUGGAAAGGUGGGAGAGAGGGGGGGUGGUCAGGGUCGUGCCGUGUUUUUCUCGGCCGGGCGGGAAGAAGGGGAGGUAUGUCACUGAUGCUUUGUGGGAAGAACGGGAUAGGAUGUGGGAAGUGGUUGAGAAGGGGGGCAGGAUUUUCACUUGUGGGAGUGCUGCUAGACUUGGGAGGAGUGCUGGGGAGGUUUGGAGGAGGAUUUGGAAGGAGAAGUCGGGACAAGGGGGAGAGAGAGAAGGAGAGGAGUGGUUGGAGGGGAUCAAGGGAGAUGGGAGAUAUGUUUGUGAUGUUUACUGA